AUGCAAUUUGUGUAUUUGUUACCGGGAUGGGAAGGUUCAGCAGGCGACUCACGUGUUCUCAAAGACGCUGUUUCAGCAGAGAAAGGCUUCAAGGUCCUUCAAGGUUGUUAUUACUUGUGUGAUAAUGGGUAUGCUAAUAGCAAUGGUUUUCUGACGCCGUAUAGGGGUGUCCGGUAUCAUCUCAAGGAAUGGGGACCGGGCACAGAUACUCCUCAAAACCCCAAGGAAUUAUUUAACAUGCGACACACUAAGGCUCGUAACAUAAUUGAGCGUGCUUUUGCUGUCUUGAAAAUGCGGUGGGGUAUUCUUCGAAGUGCAUCAUACUACCCGAUCCGCACUCAAAUUUGGCUGAUAAUGGCAUGCUUUUUACUGCACAACUUCAUUCGUGGGGAAAUGAGAACUGACCCAAUUGAGGUCGAACUAGACGGUCAGCCCACGGCGCCAACCACUGAAGAAGAACAUGUUGCACGGGAAUAUAUUUACUAUGUUGAGCCAUCGCCUGAAUGGACUCAGAUGCGGGAUGCCAUAGCAAUGAAUAUGUGGAAUAACCGAUAG